GUCAGUAAAUAGUGGUGAUGUCAUGCAGGCAAGAUGGCGGAAGGGGAGGACGUGGGAUGGUGGCGGAGCUGGCUGCAGCAGAGCUACCAGGCAGUCAAGGAAAAGUCCUCUGAAGCCUUGGAGUUCAUGAAACGGGACCUGACAGAGUUCACCCAGGUGGUACAGCAUGACACGGCCUGCACCAUUGCAGCCACAGCCAGUGUGGUCAAGGAGAAGCUGGCUACUGAAGGCUCCUCAGGGGCAACGGAGAAAAUGAAGAAGGGUUUGUCUGACUUCCUAGGGGUGAUCUCUGAUACCUUUGCUCCCUCACCGGACAAAACUAUCGACUGCGAUGUCAUCACUCUGAUGGGCACACCCUCUGGCACAGCUGAACCCUAUGAUGGCACCAAGGCUCGCCUCUAUAGCCUGCAGUCAGACCCAGCAACGUACUGCAAUGAACCAGAUGGGCCCCCGGAAUUGUUUGACGCCUGGCUUUCCCAGUUCUGCUUGGAGGAGAAGAAGGGGGAGAUCUCAGACCUCCUUGUAGGCAGCCCCUCCAUCCGGGCCCUCUACACCAAGAUGGAGCAGGCCCGGAGGGAUGCCCUGAAGCAGCGGGCAGAACAGAGCAUCUCUGAGGAGCCUGGAUGGGAGGAGGAAGAAGAGGAGCUUGUUGGCAUUUCCCCCACAUCUCCAAAAGAGGCAAAGGUUCCUGUGGUCAAAACUUCCACAUCCCUUGAAGAAGGACCUGGCCCCCAGAGCCCCUGUGAAGAGAAUCUGGUGACUCCAGUUGAGCCUUCAAAAGAGGUGACCCCGUCAGAGAGCAGCGAGAGCGUCUCCCUCGUGACACAGAUUGCCAAACCUGUCACCACAUCUGAGGCACAAGUGCUGCCCAAGGACCUGUCCCAAAAGCUUCUAGAGGCAUCUUUGGAGGAACAUGGCCUGGCUGUGGAUGUGGGUGAGACUGGACCCCCACCCCCAGCUCAGUCCAAGCCUCAAACCCCUGCCGGCCGCCCCAGUGGCCCAGAGCCCAGGCCUCCAGCCAGAGUAGAGACUCUCAGGGAGGAGGUGCUCACAGACUUACGAGUGUUUGAGCUGAACUCGGACAGUGGGAAGUCCACACCUUCCAACAAUGGAAAGAAAGGCUCAAGCACCGACAUCAGCGAGGACUGGGAGAAGGACUUUGACUUGGACAUGACUGAAGAAGAGGUGCAGAUGGCACUUUCUAAAGUAGAUGCCUCCGGUGAGCUGGAAGAUGUGGAGUGGGAGGACUGGGAAUGAGGGGAGCCAAGGCAAGCAGCUCCCCCUCCCACAGCACCUCCCACCUCCCUCGCUCAUCUCACCCCAGCCCUGGAAGACACUGACCAAGAAUGUCCCCCGAAUGGCCUCUAUCAACCAGAGCUCUCAGCCCAGAUUCUGGGUUGCUCCUUACUGGCCCUUUGGAUCUCUGCUCACAUCUGGGAAGGGGCUCACAAAAUCCAAACCAAGAACUCUGACUUGUGCCAACUGUAGAAUGACCUAAGGGGGAGGAAACCUACCCCCUCACCAGAAGAGCCUACAUUUCUCUGCUGAAUACCCACUGUUCCUGGGGACUCUUGCUGGGAAGUCCCAAGGGAUAGCUCCAUACCUUCUGCCUAUGUGGACAGAGCUAAACCACCGGUCUCUUGGAGGAAGCCCAGGCAAAAUACUAUCCACCCUUUAAGCAAGCAAGGAAGGCCAUGCCACCUGCCCUUGGCUCGACAGAGAUGACGAACACAUUUUGAUUCCUAGCCCAUCGGGUAAGAGACAUUGGACUCUGGGAAAUUUGCCUUUCUUGGGAAUCUCCCCUUCCCAGUUCAUUUUCCAUUCCUGAAAAGGUUCCUUGAGGUUCAGAAUCUAGAGACCAAACCUUUCCAGUCCAGGCUGGUAUGUCCCUAACGUCUUUCCCAGGGCUUCUUCAUGUCAGAUGCACCCAAGUCCUUAGCCCAGCUGUGCCACCUGCAAGACUCUGCUCUUGCUUUUCCUCCCUUCCUCAAGAAGGGAAGGGCAGCUUCAAACCUGCUGUGUGUUGUCUGGUGGGGUACCUUGUGCAGCCAGCUACCCAUCUCAACUCCCCUGGACAUGAGGACACAAGCCACCUCCCAGCAGUACGGAGCAGUGAUCAAAGCCGAGCAUUCACGACUCUAGUAAGCCCAACUUCUCCGCCUCAGCCCUUCUGUUUCUUGAAGGGGUGUGCUGGGAUGAACUUCCUGAGACUCUCAUCAGACUUCUGCAAAAGCUCUUCUCCCUGAAGACAGACCCAGUCUUUGUGGCUCUCAUCCUCCACUCUGGUAAAGAUGCACCUCUCGUGGGGGAAUGAGGGGCUGCGGGAAUUCCUGGAGACCCUGGUGCUUCACGACGCUGCUCUGGUGAUUCUUGUACGUACAUAGUCUGGUGUGUUCACCAAUGAUUUAAUGGGAUCGUGGUCAGGGAUGCCGAGAGCGGUGGUCACUUCCACUUCAAACCUUCAGUGAGGGGGUAGGACGGAGAGAAUGCUGAAUCUUUGAUGGGAUGGGGUUUUUCUCUUUGUAAUUAUUUCUUUAGUUUAAUUAAUCUUUUGGUUGUUUGUGCAAUAUUAUAUAUUUUAAAUUAUAAUGCAUCUCCCCAGAGUAUUUUGUAGCCGGGAAAAGAAAAAAGGAAAAAAAAGUAAAAAACAAAGAUUCCAACAGCUGUUAGUUUUGUAAUUAAAAAAGAAAGAAAAAAGAACUUUGUCCUGAACCUUUUCCAGACUUGCCGUUAACAGCAUUAAAGAAAUUCAACAAAAGCUGGAAGGUGUCUGGGGGUGUUUUUGUCCCCAACGGCAGCUGCCCUGGAGCCAGGGCAGGACUCAUGCCCUGUGCAGAGUGGCUUCCUGGCUUGGAAUCUGGGCGAGGGGAAUGGUGGGGGGACUAGCCUGGGUCCUGAGUAAGUCCCUUGUCCUCAUCCCAGACUCAGUUUGGCCCUUGGGAUGAGGAAUGGACAGGGCCCCCAACAGGCCUGUGACCAAGACAAGGAGUCAAAAGGCCAACUCUGCAGUCCCAACACUUCUGCUUUUAUUUGGAAAGGAAGUUGCAGCAACAGUGGCUCCAGUUGCUCUUGGUCAUUGUUCUCUCCUCCCCCUGUAUGUGUAUAAUUCUGGGGUCUAUUUUUAAUUAACUUUAGUUAAAACACUUGUAUGAAAAUCACUUGUCAGCAGUAAUAAAAGGGAAGUCUGAAUGAGA